UUCCCAAAAUCAAAAGAGCCCCCCCAAAUUAAGGUGGUGAAUCCCAACGCAGCCCGGAAAGGGAGUGGUGUUAUCGGCUGUAGGGGCUUAUAAGAGUGCGAAGCUAAAAAAGUGCGCAUCGAUGACGAUAGGUGAUAUUUAAUCAGUGCUUGUUUCGGCAUAGGAAGGUAAAUUUCGUAUUCCUACCGAAGAGGAGAAAUUCGCGUUUCUCCUUUGGAGAAUUGAAGUGACAAGUUUUCUGCAUUUGGAUGCAAUUCGUCUUCGUUAGCAGCACCAACUAAACGCUGGUUAAGUGGGUUACUUAGUAGCGUUUGACGAACACGGAUCUCAACAGUCCUGGAAUCUUUCCCAAACUUCUCCAACAAAUCUAGUCCAUGCAUUAGUGCACCGAGUGUGACCUUUCACCCCUAUACCUACUCAAUUGGCUGCUCCCUCUUUACUGAACCUUAAUCGCCCUGGACUGAAAGAUGGUAACGACACCAUACAUCAUCAAUGAAAUCUAUGACAUCAUACAGAAGUCGACGGCUCUCGAGCUAGCAUUGGAGGCCUUGUUGGCACUUGGCGUCAUAUGGAUAGUGCUUUACAAACGCAACGGUAAACGGGAGAGACGAUCCGCGGAGCAGAAGAGCAGAUUGAUCGAGGAAUGGACGCCGGAACCGUUGGUGGGCAGCGUUCCGGACAAUCAUCCGGCUCUGCAUACGCACGUGGUUACCGGUAAGGUGGGAAAGGUGAUCAACAUCGACGGGAAGCAAUGUCUGAACAUGGCGUCGCACAACUACCUGGGUUUACUGGAGGACGAGAACAUCCAACAGGCUGCGAUCAAGAGUUUGCGAAAGUAUGGCGUUGGGUCGUGUGGACCGCGUGGGUUCUACGGCACGUUGGAUGUCCAUCUGGACUUGGAGGAGCGGUUGGCCAAGUUUAUGGAAGUUGAGGAAGCGGUUGUGUAUUCGUAUGCUUUUUCGACGAUUGCUAGUGCAAUUCCUGCGUACGCCAAGCGUGGGGACGUCAUUUUUGUGGACGAGUUCGCAAACUUUGCCAUCCAGAAAGGCUUGGACGCCUCUCGCAGUCGAAUCGUGUUCUUCAAACACAACGAUAUGGACGAUCUGGAACGGCUGUUGAAAGAGCAAGCCGUUGAGGACAAGCGGAAUCCCAAGAAGGCGGCCCGAACGAGACGAUUCCUGGUGGCGGAGGCCAUCUAUAUGAACACCGGAGAAGUGUGUCCUCUGCCGCAGUUGGUCGAGCUGCGCAGGCGUUACAAAUUGCGCAUGUUCCUGGACGAGAGCAUAUCGUUCGGAGUGCUUGGACAGCAUGGCCGAGGGUCCAUCGAGCACUUCAAUGUCGAUAAAAUCGAAGUCGAUCUUCGAUCGGCUGGCAUGGAGUGGGCUGCCGGCACCAUUGGCGGCUUCUGCGCCGGAUCGUCGUUCAUCGUCGAGCAUCAGCGCCUGUCCGGACUGGGCUAUUGCUUCUCCGCUUCGCUUCCGCCCCUGUUGGCCCAAGCGGCCAUCAGCGCUCUCGAUCGAUUUGAAAGUGAACCAAAGAUAUUUGCCGAGCUGAGGGCGUGCUGCCAGAAGGUGUCGCAGAAAUUACCAUCCCUCACAGAUUUUACUUUCCGAGGGGAUCCACUAUCACCAGUGAAACAUCUGUACCUGAAAAAUGAAUUCGAUCCGGUAACAGAGAAACAGAUACUCGAUAGGAUAUCUCAAGAGUGCAUCAAAACCGGAUUGGCCGUCAUAGCAGCCGAAUAUCUGGAACACAUGGAGAAACGCUGCCCUCGACCGAGUAUUCGGCUAACCGUGAACCGUCUGCUGACCGAUUCGGACAUAGAAGACGCAUUCCGGAUCCUACAGAAGGCCGCCCAAAAAGUACUUUCCGAAACGUAAAGCUUCCAGCUGAAAGAGAGCUGAGAUAGACACGGAAGGGCAUUUCAACCACAAAACUUUAAACAAAAACCAAUGAUAACCAUCGUAAGCCUCAUGCACUGCACACAUUUCAAUACUUAAGUCACAGACACACAAAUACUUUUCGAAGUAAAGCGCUUGAUUGUACAGCCAUCGGGUUUUAAAAUGGUAUAUGUAUAUUAGCUACCAUAAAGUUCUGAACUUCUCACUUUCCAGACUAAUCUAAACUUACUUUUAAAUUGCACUGAUAUUUGAUUUCGUCAGUUGAGUGUAGCAAAAUCAAUAUUCUUGAUUUCAGAAGAAAAACCUAAUUUGGUAUCUUAUUUCGAUUGUAUUAAUUAAAAUUAAAAGAAAAAAAAUCCUCCAUUAGACGUGUACACAUAUUUUAAACCAUAAGCCGCAUUUUAAACUUUAAAUCAGCAAACACCUAGUAAAACAUGUGUUCAAUCUAUUAAUAUUGUUGGGGCACAAGACAUACAUAAAUCCUUCAACACCCAUUCGCUACUCUGUUUGAUAUCACAUGGACUUGGUCAUCCAUGCACUCACUUUUACGCAGAAACUACAGCAUAAAUGCUGUCACGAGAAUUACUAUCCGUAAUUCGUUCCUUUUUGGAUAGAAUUAAAAAAAAAACUAGGUCUUAAGAUAAUUUACUACACGUUGACAGAUAAGUGCACAGAAAUUCCUCAUAGUCAGACAGCAUAAAAUAUAUAGUAAUAAAUAAUUGAAACUGAUGCUUUAA